AUGGCGGAAAAGGACGAGUCGCGGCCCGAGCCGGUCAUUGACCAUGGCUCGAUCAACGGUGACACCGUCGACAAGACAGCCAUUGGCAGCGUGACCGAGGUGCAGGGAAACACUCACUACCACGAGACGGUCACUUCGGCGCCAAUGGAUCCCUGGUCGCGGACAAGCAUCCAGCUGUACUUUAUUCUGCUCGUGGCAGCACUGAACGCGACGUCGUCGGGUUUCGACGGUUACAAGGCAUACUUCCACCAUACCGAGCUUGGUUCUGCCACCGGAAUCAUCUUCAUGAUCUAUACCAUCGGUAACAUGGUCGGCUCUCUCUUCACCGGACUAAUUUGCGACCAGUGGGGUCGUCGAGCCGGUAUGAUGGCGGGCUCCCUCUUCAUCAUGGUUGGUGCCAUUGUUCAGACUGCCUCCAAGUCGGAUGCCUACCUGCUCGGAGGCCGUUUCGUCUUGGGAUUCGGCGUCUCUAUCGGAACCUCGUCUGCGCCCACAUACGCCCUUGAGCUAGCUCCCCCCCAGUGGCGAGCUCGUGUCGUUGGUUACUACAACACCUUCUUCUAUACCGGCUCCAUCCUCGCUCUUGGCGUCGCCUAUGCCGCCGCGAAGAACAACAGCACCCUCGCCUUUCGCCUUCCCAUGGGUCUCCAGCUCGUCCCUCCGUUCUUCAUCUUCAUCGGCGCGCUCUUUAUCCCUGAAUCCCCCCGAUGGCUCACCAUGUGGGGAAAGAAGGAACAGGCCGCUGCCAUCCUGGCCAAAUAUCACGGAGGCGGCGAUAUGAACCAUCCCAUGGUCCAGCUCGAAUUGCGUGAGUUUGAGGCCUCGAUCGAGCUGCAAAAGGCCUCGAGCGUCUGGGACUACUGGGCACUGAUCAAGGACCACAACGCUCGUUGGCGAUUCACCAUGAUGGCUUUCAUGUCAUUCUUCGCCCAGCUGUCCGGAAACUCUGUUCUGACCUACUAUCUGCCCUCCAUGUACAAGCUUCUCGGUAUCGUUUCGGUUGAGCGCCGUCUGUUGCUGUCCUUUGCUAACGCCAUUGUUUCCUGCGCCGGCGCUGUUGCUGGUUCUGCGACUAAUGACAAGAUUGGUCGCCGUACCAAGCUCUGGACCGGAAGUCUUAUUCUUGCCAGUCUGUUCGGUGCCGUCACUGGAUUCUCUGCCAAGUUUGAGCACGGCUCGGAUGGCAUCAGCACGGCCUUUUCCAACGGUGGUGUAGCCAUGAUCUUCCUCUUCGGCUGUGUCUACUCCUUCGUGUACACUCCUCUGACUGCCACCUACUGCGCCGAAGUUUUGGCAACUCCUACCCGCGCCAAGGGUAUGGGAGUCCACGUCAUCAUGUCCAAUUGUGCCAACCUCUACAACACCUAUGUCACCGCCGUCGCCCUCGAAGCCAUCAACUGGCGCUACUACCUCAUCUUCGUCGGCCUCAAUCUCAUCUACGGCCUCUGCUGGUUCGUGUUCGGUGUCGAGACUCGCGGCCGAACUUUGGAGGAAAUGGACGAGGUCUUUAAUGCCAAGUGGCCGCCGCGCGCUGCUCUGCAAAAGCACGUCAUGAUCAAACGAGAUGGUCAUCUUGCAGGCCUCGACGAUAGUAGCGGCAAUGCUGACCGGGUUUGA